AUGUCCGGUCCAGUGAAGUCGGUGCUGGAGGAUCAUGGACUCAAUGCUGGUGACGCUGUGUUCUGCAAGGAUGCUGGUGUGGAGCUGUGCUUCCUGUGGAAGGACCAUCUGUGCAUGGUGCUCUUUCUGCGGAGAUUUGGUUGCCAAGUCUGCUGCUGGAUCACCCAGGAUGCCAGCCAACUGAAGACGCUGCUGGACAGUCAUAACGCCCGCCUGAGUGGUAUGGGGCCAGAAAGCAUGGGACUGAAAGAAUUUAGUGAUGGGAACUACUUCAGUGGAGACGGCGUCCAAGGCAACUUAAGUGGCGACCUGUUGCAGAGUGGAGGAAUGUUAAUAGUCAGUCAAGGUGGAAAGAAGGUGAUCAUACAUUUUAUACAGGAGUCACCUGGUGAUUAUGUUCCCUUGGAAAAAAUUGUCAAGAACCUUGGUAUCUCUGCAAAUGUGGAGGGUAUGAAACCUCAGUUGGUACUAGUGCAGACAGUGAAGCAGUUAAGCUUGUACAGCAAGGGUGGGGAUAACCUGGCACCUUCCUCAGAGCUGCUUCUCAAACCCUUUGAUAGGGAGGAACCUGUGAUCAGCCUCGGGUACCAGGAGUGGCAGCAGCUUGCCCAGAAUGACAAAUCGGCAGAAAACAGGGAGUAG